AUGGUGGAUCCCAAGGGAGAGGAUGACGCGAUCUUCAAGGAUAGUGAGGCAGACUCGGACUGUUUGAGUGAUCGCAAGUACGCUUUGGACGAACAGAAGUACGGCACGAACGCAUUGUAUGUACCAGAGUGUACACCAGAUGGACGAUACCAGCGUGUACAGUGUUACCGCUCAACAGGGUACUGUUGGUGCGUGAACGAAGAUACCGGCAAGAAUAUUCCGGGCACAUCGACAAAGGACGAGAAACCUGUCUGCGAUCAGUACGCAUCCUCUACGCGUCCGAUGAAAGGAUGUCCCGAGGAAAAGAAGGUAGAAUUCCUCAAGGAUUUGAAGGCAUUCCUGAGCAAACAGGUGUCGACAUCGUUCGCAGGCAAAAUUAUACCCGUUUGGAAUACCGAGGAGGAAAAGAUCGCUAUAUUGAGCUUUGUGCUUUUGGACAAAAAUCAAAACAAACAACUGGAGCGGAAGGAAUGGAAAGCUUUUCGUGAGCUAGUCACCGCUACAAGACAACUUCGCAAAUGUGGCAAAAAAAUGCCCCGCUAUUGUGAUGUAAACAGCGACCGGAAGAUAACACUCUCCGAAUGGAUGAGUUGCUUGGAUGGUAAACGAAACAGUUCGGUGGACGUGGCAGCCAUGAGCGCACCCUUGGUGCAGGCUGAGUUGAAGUCUUCUAGCAGCAGCAGCAGCAGCAGCAGCAGUAGUAAUGGUGGAAGCAGCACUAUCACAUCCUCAGCGACUAGCUCAAAGUUUAAGGGAAGAAACCCAUUAGAGUUUGUGCUGAAGAGUGACUAG